CUCCACACACCUCACCAUGGGCAGGUCGAAACCGAGGACGAACAAACGACCACCACCCAAAGUCUCCAAGAUCGAACCAGAGAUCCCUCGGGCACCCGAAGCUAUCGACAGACCCACCGCUAAGAUUGAGACAUCUCUGGAUAGGCUCACCUUUGCGCUGCAAAACUUUUCGACAUCGGCCUUGGGCCGCUUGGACUCGUUGCCGCAGCUGACGCAGGCUCAGUUGACAGCUAUCGCAGGGGCGGCAGCGGGUAUCACAGAUUCGAAUUGGCUCAAUGGAUCGACAGAUCUCUCUUCGGCCCUGUACAAGAAUGAGAAUGUGGAUUUGCCCGCGAGUCUGGCGGCGUUGUUCGAAGCCAAGUUGACUCUGGAUCGGGAGAAGGCAAAGCUACUCAAGAUGCAAAAGGAGCUCAAGGGGUAUCGAGAUGGCGUCGCAGCAGCGACGGCGGGUGGGAAAGGGAAAGAGGUCGCAGACGAUCUGGGAGAGUGUACUUGCGGUCGACAACACGAGGAUCUGGGGGAUGACUACGAGGAGGAGUAUGAGGAGGAGUACGAGGAGUAUGAUUGUGAGGAUUGCGAUUGUGAUUGUCAUUACGAAGGGGAGGACGAGGGGGAAGAACACCAUCAUGGGUGCGAGCAUGAGCAUCACCACGAACAUGAGCAUCACCAUCACGAGCAUCACCACCAUCAAGAGCACCCCAGCACCCCCCUCACUGUACCCAAUCCAUACCUCCCACACCACACUGAUACGGCGAACAUGACCUACCAACAAGCGUUGGAAGCGUAUAGAGACGAGAGAGAUCAAGCUGCUCGUGGAUUGGAUGAAAUCGGCGGCAUGUUACGGAAGGCUGGAUGGACGGGCAACGAUCGGAAGAGUGACGGCAUCAAGAGACCGCUCGCGGAGGAUCCAGAGAGAUUGGACGAGCACGUCCGAGACUUGUUCAAUUGGAUCAAAGCGGUAGUUUGGACGAUCGAGCAGGCAGCAAUAGCGGCGGGGAGGAAGGGCCUGUUGAAUCAAGCGUCGGCCCCUCAGUGAAUGUAGCAC